AUGUUCCUCGCUUCAUCCGUGUAUACUCAUCCUCCUCAAAAGCCCGAUCCGCCAUGCAGUCUGCGAGUGUGCAGUGAGAUGGAGACAGCGUGGAUCCUCCUCUUCAGCGUCCUCUGCCUGUGUGUGCGUGGUACUCCGCUCUCCAGCCUCAGCCCUCUGCAGGACAGUGAUGUAGUGACUCCUGCUGCAUCUUCUCUAAAUAUAGACAUGGCCAGGACUGAAGCAGGGCACAGGGGACCAGAUCUUGGGACGUCUGCUGGGCAAUGGAGCAGUGCAAAAGCAGUGAAAAGAAUCAGACAAACCCCAAACACAGACGCCACAACGGAGGAGGAUGUUAGUGAAGGCCCCGCCACAGCCAACGACGAUGAGAAGACCAGUGAGGAGGAGUCUCCGGAGACGUGGCUCUCAGCUCUGGGCCCUGACGAUGUCCCAAAGCAAAUGUCCACAAUGACCAGUCUACAAGACAGCCUCAUGUUACCGGCACUAGGACUGCUGCCAAGAGAUGAGGGGUCAGAGAGCGUGUGGACAGAGGCGGCGAGAACCAGCGGAGCGUACAGCACCAGCCCGCAGGCCCAAGACGAGGCCACAGAGAGUACCAUGUCUUUAGAGUCACAACCUCUGAUCUUUGAGCCGCUUGAGGAUGUCUCACCAGAGGAGGCGCUGUCUGACCACACCGUCACCGUGGAGACCGACAGUGAAGCCUCGCCUCCUCAGACGUCUACCACCGAGCUGCAAGGGCCAAUCAGAUCCUCUGAUUCAGCUGGUGCAUCAGACCUUCAGGGGAGUCCACAAAGCCAAACCACAGUGACCAUGACCACGGUUGCCAUGAUCACGCAGCAUCACACCAAAUCCAGAGCCAGGUUCAACCAGAUGGAGUCCGACGAGGACGCAGAUGAGGAUGAGGAGAACUCGGAGGAGUCGGUGGAGGACAGUGAGGAGGUCCAGACAGGAGCCCCAGGCGCCCCCACGCCUCCCCCAUACAACAUCAUCCCUCCUCCCCCUGUGUGGGUCCAGCAUAACCAGGGGCUAAUGCGGAGUUGGGUGGAGUUGAUCAGAGAGAAGGCGGGGUAUGUUUCGGGAAUGCUGGCCCCUGUGGGCAUCGGAAUCUCAGGCGCUCUGCUGCUCGUGGGCGCCCUCUACAGCAUCAGGAUCAUCCACCGCAAGAGACGGGACAGCUUCAAGCACCAGCGCAGGAAGAGCCGGCAGCCAGAGCAGCCUCGAGAGCCCGGUGUGAGUGGUCAGGACCAGGCCAUGUUGCUGGCGGACAGCUCUGAGGACGAGUUCUGA